UGACACUCGACGACGUCCGAUUAUUAUACAGCUGUUAUUAUAGCAGUGCGCUGACGCGUUGCCGCCGUUUCGCUCGUCCCGCGUCCAAGCCGUUUGUAUUGUAUAAUAACCGAUAUAUAUAUAAUAAUAAUAUUGCAUAUUGUCUUUCCGCGGCCAACCCGACCGUCCCGUCCCGCACACGCACGCUGGUUGCCGGAUGGCCGCGGCGGCCAUGACGACGUGCCCCGGCUUUGCCGAGUACGCCGGGUACUCCGGCAGCCGGUCCGACUCGUACGCCGCCGUGGACGGCAUGGCGGCCGCCGACAAGAGACGCCGGCCGACCGUCCGCGGCCGCCUGUCCGCCGUGUUCGAACCGUCGUGCAACAGGCUGUCCAUGAAGAUCUUCGGCAGCAAGAAGGCCGUGCUCAAGGAACGGUACAGACAACGGUCGCUGGGCGUUUGGGUCAUACACCCUUGCUCGAAGUUCAGAUUUUACUGGGACUUGUGCAUGCUGCUGCUGUUGGUCGCCAAUCUGAUCAUACUUCCGGUGGGAAUUUCGUUUUUCAACGACGACUUCGACACCAGGUGGAUAAUAUUCAACUGUUUGUCGGACACGAUUUUUUUAGUGGACAUAGUCGUUAAUUUCAGAACAGGUAUACUUCAACCGGACAGUUCCGAACAGGUGACUUUAGACCCCAAAGUGAUCGCGAAAAACUACUUAAAGUCGUGGUUUUUUCUGGACUUGGUUAGCUCGUUGCCGUUGGAUUACUUGUUCCUAGUGUUUAACCAGAACGUGGGCGAAGGCAUUCAAAUUCUACACGCCGGUCGCGCCCUCCGCAUCCUGAGGUUGGCCAAACUGCUCAGCUUGGUAAGACUGCUCCGGCUUUCCCGGCUGGUGCGGUACGUGAACCAGUGGGAAGAAGUCUACAUACUAAGAGUGGUGCAACCCGAUGCGUCCACGGGUCAUCGAGGUCAUUGCGACGGUCCGUCCAUGGUCAAGUUCUUGAACAUGGCCAGUGUUUUCAUGAGAAUUUUCAACUUAAUUUGCAUGAUGCUGCUGAUCGGUCACUGGUCCGGAUGUCUUCAGUUUCUGGUGCCCAACCUCCAGGGUUUCCCGGCAAAUUCGUGGGUCGCCAUCAACGAGUUGCAGGGCGCCGAUUGGUCCGAACAGUACUCGUGGUCGUUGUUCAAGGCGAUGUCGCACAUGUUGUGCAUCGGAUACGGUCUGUUUCCGCCGCAAUCGUUGACCGACAUGUGGCUGACCAUGUUGUCCAUGAUAAGCGGGGCCACCUGUUACGCUCUAUUUUUGGGGCACGCCACUAAUCUCAUACAGAGUUUGGACUCUUCCCGGCGACAGUACCGCGAAAAGGUCAAACAAGUAGAAGAGUACAUGUCGUACAGGCGUUUGCCAUUGGACAUGCGCAAGAGGAUUACCGAGUUCUUCGAGCACAGGUACCAGGGUAAGUUUUUCGACGAGAAAUGGAUACUGCAAGAGAUUUCGGACACACUCCGGGAGGACGUCCGGAAUCACACUUGCCGGCGCCUGGUGAAGUCUUUGCCGCUGUUGCAGAACGCCGAUCCUAACUUUCUCACCGAGCUCGUCGACUGCCUGGAGUUCGAAAUGUUUCAGCCGGGAGACACUAUCAUGCGAGAAGGUACUGUAGCGACCAAGAUGUAUUUCGUGCAAGAGGGCGUCGUCGAGGUGGUCAUAGCCGAGGGCCAGCAAGUGGUGGCGACGUUGAGCGACGGCAGUUACUUCGGCGAGACCUGCCUGUGGGCUCCGGGAUCCCGACGACCCGUCACUGUCCGGGCGGAGACCUACUGCACGUUGUUCUCGUUGCCCUCGUCAGCGUUCAGCCAAACCCUGGACAAGUAUCCCGAGUUCAAAAAGCAGGUCACAGUGGUGCUGACGGACCGCGCCAUCCGCAUGGCCGAGCUGGGCCAGUGUCUGGCCGAAGGAGACGCUAAGCUUUAGACGGAUGUUGAUUUUAUUUAUUAUUAUUUACAUUUUUUUUUUUUUACACUACUUAAUAUGAAAGUAUUGGCGCAGUCGACAACUCCGCCGAGGUUCGUAAAUUGAUUAGAUACCGGCACGUGUGUGACUAUAUUUUGUAUUUUUGAAUGUCGUACUAUUCAUUCGAACACGACUUCGUGAAGUUUAUUUAUAAAUAUAUAUGUGUAUAUAUAUAUAUUAAAUAAAAUAACGCUUAAAUUUGUAAUAAACGAAAGAUAGCGAGUAUGUAUGAUGCCAUUUGUCUAAUUUCUAUGUGACAAAACAAAAAUACUAAACCGGAUUUGUCCUGUUAUUUGGUCUGUCUAAUGCGGUUUUGGUACCGGGAUAAAAGCUUAUUUAAAUGUUUAGUUAUUAAGACUAAUAAGUAAAGAUCCGUGCUACCUAAAGGUCCAAUAAAACUACAGAAUUGUGAGGGGAAUGGCUCAAUAAACGCAAUCUUUGACCAAAUUUGAAAAUUAGUAACAAGUCAACCAAUUUCCUCUGAGAUAUCCUGAACUAUUCCGCCUAAUACGUUAGGUUUUAUUGCCUCGGUCGACGUACUAAAAUCGAAUCGACACGGGACAAGUAAAUCAAUUCAAAGCGGCUAGUCUAACGGGCUGAUAAAAUUUGAUCUGUGUCUUAAGAAUUCUAUCAUUUUAAUAAUUUAAGUAAUACUGUUUAAAAUGUUAAAAGUACGUUUUUAGUACAUUUUUGUUUGAGUAGACAAAAAUAUACUUAACAUUUUGACUAGCCAAUUGGAAAAUUGGUAGUAAUGUAAAAUAUAUUGAUAAAAUUAUAAAUAAAUAAAAACAAAUCAAUGUGCCAAAAAUUACAUAAGUAAAUAACAAUUAUUUAAUUGUAUAAUUUUACAAAAAAUUGUUUUUAAACAAGAUUAAAAAUUAAUAAAAAAAAAAAAUUGUAAAAUAAAUUAAUAUUUGUAAUUUGUAUGCUUCUUAUAAAGUUUAACCGACCAAUAAGGUUUACUUUACUGGUUUAGUCGCAGUGCACUUCCCAAAAUUAGUUCGCCACCUCCUUGACUGUCAAGAUAUUUAUUACCCAUUAACUGUUCAAUAAGUUUUUCUUUUUUAUUCAAAUUGCAGUUUACUUCCCAAAAUUCGUUCUCGAUUUGUUUGUACAUAAAAACGUUGCCGUUUUUGUCCUUUAUGACACAAAUACUAUUUUCAACAUUAGCAGUUUCUGUAUAAUUACUUAAGUACCUCGCCUGUAUUACAAUUCCAAUUAAAUGACAUUUCUGUUU